AUGGACGACGUUCGUUCCGUUGUCACUUUGGACUCCCAAGGCUCGAAAACAAUCAGCUCCAGAGGUCUGGAGGGGCGAAGUGGUCAGUCUCCUGACACUGAGAGCCAGGACUCCGUGAGGAGCUACACCUUCUUCUCCAGAAGGUGCAGGGGACCCGCUGGCAGGAAGGAGGAUGAGGAGGAUUCUGAAAGCCCCCUGAGAGAGCAGGACCUGAAGGAGGCCUACAUCCAGCUCGUUCAAGGGGUGCAGGAGUGGCAGGAUGGCUGUGUCUACAGAGGGGAGUUCGGACUCAACAUGAAGCUUGGAUAUGGCGAGUUCUCUUGGCCCACAGGCGAGACCUACCGAGGGCAGUUUUACAGGGACCAUUGCCAUGGUGUGGGCACCUACAGAUGGCCGGAUGGCUCCAGCUUCACAGGCAUGUUUUACCUCAGCCAACGAGAAGGCUAUGGCACCAUGUUCAUGAAAACCAAGUUAUUCCAGGGACUGUAUAAAGAGGACCUACGGUUCGGGCCAGGCAUUGAGACCUACCCAGAUGGCAGUCAGGAUGUUGGACUGUGGUUCCGUGAGCACCUCCUCAAGCUGGGGACAGAGGUUCCCAACAGCUUCUCCUUGCUGAACUAUCCAGAAUUCUUAGACUUCCUCACAAGCUCAAGGGGGAGAAUCAGUCUCUCAGAUGAGGAGAAGGUGGAGUCGGGUCUUCCUGAGGAGCAGGACCCUUUCUUCUAUGAAUAUAAACGGUUUCUCCUGAAUGAUGACCUAACGCUGCCUCCAGAGGUGCAUGUCUAUUCGACGGACAACAGCCACCUGCCCAUGACAGGCUCCCUGCGCAGAGAGCUGGAUGACCGCAUCUUCAUGAAUGAGAUCCCUCCAUUCAUUGAGGAUGAAGAACCCUGGCUUAUAACAAAUGAGACUCCUUUGUUGGUCAAAAUCCAGAAGCAAACUUACAAGUUCAGGAACAAGAGUGCUCACACCAGCUGGAACAUAGCUGCCAUCCUGGAGGGAAACCGCAGCUGCUUUGGGCCCACUGGCCCUAAGGAGGAUAUUUCCAGGGAGAUGAUCCUGAAGGCUGAGGAAGGGGACUAUAACUGGAUUUUUGGAGUCCUGAGGGACAACCUUGCCUGUGCUGAUGUGGCCGACUCCAAGGGCUACACUGUGCUUGCUGCUGCAGCAGUCAAUUCGCACUGUGACAUUGUCAACCUUCUCCUGGAUUAUGGGGCUGAUGUGAACAAGCUCUCAGAUGAGGGCCUCUCACCCCUCAACAUGUGCUUCCUCCACUAUUACCCCAGCAAAUUCUUCCAGCCCAACGUUGCUGAGAGGACCCUGCCCCAGGAACCUUCCAAAUCCUUGAUCACCCACAAAAUCUCAUUCUUGUUUGGAGAGCAAAACAUAGAUUAUUUCUAUGAUACUGGCAUGUUCACCCCCAUUGGAGAGGACUAUAAGUCAUCACCCCUCUCAAGCAGCCUGGAUGAUGCCCUGGUCCUGGGUCCUGUACAAUCUCGAGAGUCUUUCAUCUGGAGGAGCAAUGUGGCUCACAAGCGAGACACCCCCUCAGUGAAGAGUCCCAGCAGUGACAUAGAGAAAAAGCCAGAGGGCACGGCAGAAAAUGUGGAUGCCAGCACCAUGUACAGCAUUGAUACAAACUUCGAGUCUAACGUGUGCAUGCGAAACUACUCCAUCCACGUCUCGAAGGACAUUCUGGAGAAGAGUGCCCAGGCUUACAGUUCAUUGCUAAACAUCCCCUCCUAUUUGGACAAAGGGACUGUGAGGAAAAUGGCACAGACCAUGGCUGAACGUAGAAACCGCUGGCUGACCAUCAAGCUGCUGCUGCGUCGAGGAGCUGAUCCCAACCUGUGUCAAGUACCCAUGCAGGCCCUGUUUUUUGCCGUGAAGGCUGGGGAUGUGGAUGGGGUGAGGCUGUUGCUGGAGAGUGGGGCCCGGACUGAUAUUCAGUAUCCUCCACAGAUGCAGUCUCUGACUCCGCUCCACAUUGCAGCCUCACUUCCCGGGGAGGAGGGCGUCAAGAUCACGGAGCUGCUGCUCCACGCGGUGACUGAUGUGGAUGCCAAGGCAGCCGACAAGGACUAUGUCUACAAAGCCGGCAAGACUGACCUCCUGCCUUCAAGCCUGAAGCUCAACAACGAGCCAGGCCCACCUAGCAGCUACUACACGGAGAGCACCUUCAUCCCAGAGGAGGGCGGACGCACAGCUCUGCAUGUCGCCUGUGAGCGGGAGGACAACAAGAAGUGUGCCAGGGACAUCGUCCGGCUCCUUCUCUCACACAGAGCGAAUCCAAACGUGCUGUGGAGCGGCCACUCCCCGCUCUCCCUGUCCAUCGCCAGUGGGAACGACCUGGUUGUGAAGGAACUCCUGUCUCAGGGAGCUGACCCCAACUUGCCUCUGACCAAAGGCUUGGGCACCGCCCUGUGUGUUGUGUGCGACCUGACCUGUGAGCAACAGAGGAGCACCGAGAACAAGAUUGCCCUGAUUGACCGGCUCAUUAGCUACGGGGCUGAUGUCCUGAAACCCGUGGUGCUUACGCAAGGUGAAAGGACGGCAGUGGGAACGGCCGUGGACUAUGGUUACUUCAAAUUCUACCAGGACAGGAAGAUUGCCCACUGUCCCUUCCAUGCUCUGAUGCCCUCAGAGCGGGAGACAUUCUUAGCCCGGAAAAGGCUGCUAGAAUAUAUGGGUUUGCAAUUACGGCGUGCUGUCCUUAGCAAAGAGAGUCAGCUGGACGUAAAGGCCUUGUACCUGAGCAAGAGAGUAGAGCUGUCCCCUAGCCACAGGCUGAAGAAGAGGACCUCCAGCCUGCCGAAGAGCUCGGCCACAGCAAAGCAGCCCCUUGCCUUUUACAAGUUUUGCUACCAGUGCGGUCGUUCCAUUGGGGUCCGCCUCACACCCUGUCCCCGCUGCUAUGGGAUCCUGACCUGCAGCAAGUACUGCAAGACCAAGGCCUGGACUGACUUCCAUAAGAAGGACUGCAAUGACAUCAUGAUCAUGAGGAGGGUGACCAUCCCGCUGAUAAUGGACCAAGAGCAGACACACAAGGCAUCUACCAGUGUCCAGUUCAAAAAGAACCUAAAGCAGAACAAGGUGUCCAAUGAGAGAUCUCGAAGCCGAACCAGGCGUACACAAAGCGGACAACCUACUGGACUGCUUGACACAAUGUUCCAUCUGAACUCACCAGUGAGCACCUGAUUGCCAAAUUCUCUCCACAGGGCUCUACUGAGUCUUUACCUUACUCCAAGGCUGUCUAUCCUGGCCACAUGAGGGGACAGGACUGCACUCCCUCCCUCUCCCAGGGAGGAAUCUGGGCCACCUGGCACCAGGGCUUCCCAGGACUUGCAAAGAUGCAGAAAGUGAGGAUGCAGCUGCCAACCUGGGCCUGGGCUCUGCAGGUAUCCGUGGGUAGGAUCUAAUACCCAGCAGGAGCUUGCCCUUUGGAGGAGCGU